UGAUGUUAACCGAGAAGUUUUUGUUUAGGCCCUAUACUGACCAAAAAAGAGAAGCACAUCAUCACUAAUUCAGUGCGGAACAACUGGGAGGUUGGAAGACCCUCUGAAAGAGAAUGAAUAUGGAAUGGAAAAACAGUCAUAUCGAAAAUGGUAACAGCAUUGAAACACAGUUUGGAAACAUGACACUUCAACAGCAUAACGACAUUCCACAACAUAAUAAUAUUAAUAGUUCUACAUCACCCAGACAACCAUCAAUUCAAAAUUCAAACCAGUAUCUUCAGGACUUCAGAAUUGACCAGAAGAAUGGUGGCACAGUACUUGCUCCAAACUUACUAGGAUCCAUAAUAGCUGGUGAUGUAUAUAUGACACAGGUGUCUCACUUUACCUCAAUAAACAACAAUGAAACUCUUCAGAGUGUAAAGAAUAAGUUGAAAACAAGGAUGAUGAAGGACUCUGAGAGGAUUUUGGAGGGAAGUGCACAACAGUCAGUCUCUCUAAAUAAGAUCUACACACAACUGUUCAUCAUCAAUGACGAGUCAGACCCCAUCAAUAGAGAACACGAGAUCUGGCAGAUAGAGACGACGAAUGAUUUAAACACAUCAGCACAGACAAUCAUAAACUACAAUGAAAUUCUUAAACCACCAUUGGAUGAAAAUACAACCAUGAAGACUGUUUUAACAAAAGGAAUUGCUGGAAUUGGGAAAACGGUCACUGUGCAGAAGUUUGUCCACGACUGGGCAAGCGGAAAAGCCAAUCAGGAUCUAGAGCUUGUUUUUCUGCUCCCAUUCCGAGAGCUAAACUUGCUUGAGGGAAAAAAGAGCUUUUUUGACCUGCUUUGUGACUUUUACCCUGAGUUCAAAGAGGCAAGACCGAUCUCUGACUGGAUCUGUGAUAGAAAAGUUCUAUCUUACAAAAAAAGCCACACUGGAUGUCCUCGUAGCAAACCUUCUAAGAGGAAAACUGCUUCCAUCCGCACACCUGUGGAUCACCAGCCGGCCUGUGGCAGCUGA